UUGCCUUCUCUCUGCGGAGCUCUGUCCCACGGCAGUGACACAGAUAAGGAAGUGGGGCUCUGGGGAAUCUAAAUGAGCUCCUGAAGGACCAUUUGGUGUCACUAACUAAUCCACAUGAUCAUGGGCAGUCCAAAUGAGGGCGUGACACAGCCUUGAUCAUUGCCUGGACGAAUGAACUGCAUGACUGCUCCUGUCCUGAAUGAAAGAUGCGUCCAUCCCUCUGACCAGCCCUGACUCACCCUCCAUCUUUGUCCUGUCUACACUGUCCCAUCUGGCUGUCCCUGGCGCUACUGUCCCCUCUCCUCUGUGCUUCCAUUGUCUGUGUGGAUGCAUGCUUCACCAAUAGAGAGCAAAUUGUUAUCACUUUUGAGGCAUCUGUAUUGGUGUUUGGUCAAUGGAUAAUCAAGAUUUUCACACUAAUCAGCACCUCAGAAAACUUCCUAACUGAUUAUGUUUAAUAAGCUAAAACUAAACUCAACUUACUCUUAAUUAUGGCUAUAUUAUUAUUAAACCCAGACUGAACAAUGUCAAGAGAGAUAAACUUUAUUGAUCCCAAGGGAAAUUCAAGUUUAGCUGCAGCUGCAUUUACACUGCUCUUCUGAUAUUAAAACAAGACAAAAUCAUCAUCUAAACAAUUAAACCUAGACUAAUGUUACUGUUAACCAUGUCAAACCAAGUUCUAAACAAUGAGUAAACUUCAGAACUAAAUUUUGAGAAGAAACCUGCCUGCCCCAUAGCUGUGCCUACAUAACAGUUUGAAAACCACGGACUGUCAUUUGAAAUGGAGACUGAGAUGGGGCACUCAAGCCAAGAUCCAAAAUCCAAACUAAUUGCUGAUGAAAGGCCAAAAAAAAGAGGGAUUUCACGCUCAGAGAAACCCCCCUUUAGUAAGAUGGGCAUCCUGAGUCUGGGGCUCAAACAGCUGAUCCAGAAACGGAGAAAACGCUUGUCUGUGUCACGGUCCAUCAUCGCACCGGCCUCUUCAUCAUCAGCAGGAGGCAGUGCCCCCUUGUGGGCCCAUGAGGAUGUCCUGGGAUGCUGCCCUGAUCAGUCCCCCCUCUCAGCUCCCUCUGCUGCAGGACGGGGUGCAGGGACAGUGGGCAUGAUGCGGAGGGGCACCAGUCUGCAGAGCCGCCGCACUAAGGCCAGCUCUGGGAAUGGAGACAAGGACCCACUGCUGAGAGGAAGUCCCCAAGCUCCCAUCAGACGGCACACCCACGACCCACAGCACCAUGUGAGCAGGCCCAGAUCGUCCUCCAGCAACACGGACAGCGCUCCCUGCAGUCCGGCAACCGCCACUGUCCCCUGUGAUGUGCUGCUGUCCUCAGGUUAUCAUUCUACAGAGGAGUCGGACCGGAUUGACCGCCUGGAGGUGAGUGCCCUCUCUCAGACUCCGCUGGCCGUGUCCUGUGGGACAGAUGGUUCCUACCCUGGGGCAGAUGAUGGCACCCCAGACCCUCAGCGCACCAAGCAGGCUAUCUCCCAACUGCAGCAGAAGAUUCUCAAACUCACGGAGCAGAUCAAAAUCGAACAAACAGCUCGAGAUGACAAUGUGGCGGAGUACCUCAAGCUGGCCAACAAUGCAGACAAGCAGCAGAGCUCACGCAUCAAGCAGGUUUUUGAAAAGAAGAACCAGAAGUCGGCACAAACCAUCCAACAGCUGCAGCGCAAACUGGAGCACUACCACCGAAAACUGCGGGAGGUGGAGCACAAUGGCAUCCCACGGCAGCCCAAGGACGUCCUGAGAGACAUGCACCAGGGUCUGAAGGACGUAGGGGCCAAAGUGACUGGGUUCAGCGAAGGUGUGGUGGACAGCGUCAAGGGGGGACUAUCCAGUUUCUCCCAAGCUACCCAUUCUGCCGCUGGUGCCGUUGUAUCCAAACCAAGAGAGAUCGCAUCCCUCAUCCGCAACAAAUUCGGAAGUGCGGACAAUAUCCCUUCGCUAAAGGACUCUCUGGAUGACUCCACAGUGGAGGAGGCAGUGGCUGUAGUCGGUGGACGAUCUGUAGGGCACCAUUUUCAGUCUAGUCCCAAAUAUGGUAGCGAAGAUGAUUGCUCAAGCGCGACUUCGGGAUCGGCAGGGGCUAAUAGUACGACAGGGGCACCAGGUGGUCCCCCCAGUUCCCGAGGCAACACGCUGGAGAGGAAUCAAAGUUCGGGUUUUGACAUGCUGCUACAGGAGGUGCAGGAGCUGAGGGAGAGCCAGGCUAGACUAGAGGAGCACAUGGAAAGUCUUAAAUCGCACUAUCAAAGGGACUAUACCUUUAUCGUUCAAGCGCUGCAAGAGGAGCGAUUCAGGUGUGAGAGGUUGGAAGAGCAACUGAACGACCUCACUGAACUUCAUCAGAAUGAAAUCCUCAACCUGAAACAAGAGUUAGCCAGUAUGGAGGAAAAGAUUGCCUACCAGUCGUACGAGAGAGCCAGAGACAUACAGGAGGCGCUGGAGGCGUGUCAGACCAGGAUCUCCAAAAUGGAGCUGCAGCAGCAGCAGCAGCAGGUGGUGCAGCUGGAGGGGCUGGAGAACGCCACGGCCCGGACCCUCUUGGGGAAACUCAUCAACGUGCUGCUGGCCCUCAUGGCAGUCCUCCUGGUCUUUGUCUCAACUGUGGCCAACUGUGUGGUUCCUCUGAUGAGGACGCGCUCCCGCUCUCUGUCCACACUGCUGCUAAUCGUGCUUCUGGCGUUUCUCUGGAGGAACUGGGACGCUCUGUCCGGAUACACCCACCGCGCGCUGCAACCUCCAGGGUGAACCCAAACCCGCCCGGCACUAGGACUAGUGCUUUGGUGACAACAGUUGAAGCGGGUGUCACUGCAGCCACGCGGGACACUUGUAAAUGUGAUGGACUGUGACAGUGACGGUGUCUGAAGAUGAAAACCCGUCCAGACUCAGAGACAGUUGAAUCACGAUGAUCAGAAGCAGAAACUGUGAAGUGAAAUACAUGAUUUUCAUGUCGAAGGAAAAGACUGUUUACAUUUUAGAAAUGAACUCUUAGUCCUUACAGGAUGCAGCACUGUACUGUUUGUGUUUAGAUUUUAAUCUAUUAUUAUGAUAUAAUUUCUAAUAUGAAAAUUUCCUCAAUAUUUUAUUCAGUACCAUGUAGCAUUAUGGUCCUUUUACUCUUCUGGAGUUUAGUCUGGAAACUGGGCUGGCCAUGGCCAUGUUGUGAUGAUGCUGUUGCUUUUGGAAAGAAAGAAGGAUUUUUAAAAGAGCAACAUUUAAUAGUGGGUCUAAUCAGCUAAUAUCUGCAAAGUCUCGAUUUUAGAUUAAAUGCAAUAAUUACAUUGUAAAAAAUAAUUUGAUAAUUUUAGGGUGAACCUGCCAUAUUUGCAACAUGUCUAACAUGCUGCCAGUUUCUUAAGGAGUCAAAGUUUGCUUAUAAAGCAGUAUUAACCAGUCAUAAUAAGGUUUAUUUGCUGGGGUAAUUCGCUGAGCCAUAGCUGUUUUGGUGCUCCAUUGCCAUCACUGGGAAAGGAGAGCUGCUUUAUUCCACUCCAUCAGGGGCACAUUACCAAGGAAUUUUCACAUACUUACCAGAUCUAAUCACUAGCUCCUCUUUUACCUUGUUGUUUUUGUAUCCUCAUCUAGUGCCAAACCUGGGUCUACCCUGAGGCUAUGAGUGCUCACAAACUGAAAGAAGCUUAGAUAAAAUAGGUAAAGGAAAGUUUUGCAUUGAAUGUUUAAAUAACCAUUAAUUUAUCUUUUAAGAGACGUUUGUGAUGAAUGAAAGCGUGACUUGAUAGUGACUUCCUUUUUGCUUCUUACUUAUUCAUUAUUCCCUUAGAUUUUCAGUAUUUUCUACCAUUCUUAUUAGUGAAGGGCAACUAUUUGCACUGAGGAGCAAAAGAUAAAGCGAGACCAUUCAAAGUACGUUAGCGCUGCACUUUAGCACACAGUAGAUAACGCGUGUCAGGCGGAGACGGGAUGGGGGGACUGUGAUCGAGACUUCAAAGGUUGCCACUCCUAAGACAGUAGUCCUCCUGGGAUAAGAGAGAGGCGGACUCAGGUCAGAAUCACUGUCAGCUCUGUCUUAAGUUAAAACUCACAGGCACUACACACUUCACGUCAAAACGUCAAUAAAUCUUUACUCUUAAAUGAAAAGAAUGCAUUGUAAUGAUAGUGGCAGUGAUAUUUUCAAUGAGCAAAAGUAACAAUGAGCCCAGCUUUGAUAAUUUUUUAUAUUAAUUAUUAUUAACCUGUAAGGUGAUUUAUUAAAAUCAGCACCACAGUUAUUUAUUGUCUUUUUUAAGGUGUUAAAAAUAAGAUGAUGCAUUGUUGCACCUGUGUCAUUUUCCCUUAGUCACUGUCAACUCCAGGAAGGUUUCUUACGGAUGUGAUAAUGUCUGGGUAAUGAUAAUGUAAGAGUGCUACCACUCCAGUGCCUUUAAUUUCAUUUUGUAAGUGUGGAUUAAAUAAAGUGCAUUCCUGACUA